GAUCCAGCAGGCAGAAGCAAUCCCUCCCCAGCUGCACCAGCAAAUGGAGCUCCUGGGAGCUGCUCUGCUCCUGCUCUGCAUCACUUGCCUGCUCUCCUUCGCAUCAUGGAGAAGGAGGUCUGGGAAGGGGAAGAUGCCUCCAGGACCAACUCCCCUUCCCAUCCUAGGUAACCUCCUGCAGGUGAAGCCAAAGGACUUAUCCAAAACCCUGGAGAAGCUCAGUGAGAAGUAUGGCCCCGUGUUCACAGUGCACAUGGGCUCUGACCCCGUGGUGGUGUUGCACGGACACUCUGCUGUCAGGGAAGCCUUGAUCGAGCGUGCCGAUGAGUUUGCUGUCCGAGGACACAUGCCAAUAGGAGACAGGGCCAACAACGGGCUGGGGAUCAUUUUCAGCAACAACACGGAGUGGGUCCAGGCCAGGAAGUUUGCUGUCAGCACCCUGCGCAACUUUGGGAUGGGGAAGAGGAGCAUGGAGGAGAGGAUCCUGGAGGAAGCUGAGCACUUGCUGGAUGAGAUCAACAAAACAAAGGGAGAAGCUUUUGACCCAACCUACAUCCUGAGCUGUGCUGUCUCCAACAUCAUCUGCUCCAUUGUCUUUGGGAAGCGAUACGACUACAAAGACAAGAACUUCCUCUCCCUGAUGGGCAGCAUGGAUAUCAUCUUUGAGAAGAUGAACUCCAUCUGGGGACAGCUCUACCAGAUGUUCCCAAACAUCAUGUAUUACCUGCCUGGCCCACACAACAACAUGUUUGAUCAGUUUGAUGCUCUAAAAGCCUUUGUGUACGAGGAGAUGAAGCUCCACCAAGCCUCCCUGGAUCCCAGCUCCCCUCAGGAUUUCUUAGACUGCUACCUCUGCAAGAUGCAGGAGGAGAAAGACAAUCCCAGUUCCAGCUUCCACAUGAAGAACCUGAUAACCACAACCUUUGACUUGUUCCUUGGUGGCACUGAGACAACCAGCACCACCAUAAGAUAUGGCCUUCUGCUGCUUAUCAAAUACCCCAAGAUCCAAGAGAAAGUCCAAGAAGAGAUUGACCAGGUGGUGGGGAGGUCCCGGAGACCUUGUUUGGCUGACAGGCCCCAGAUGCCCUACACGGAUGCAGUGGUCCAUGAAAUCCAGAGGUUCAUCAAGCUCAUCCCCCUGAGUGUCCCUCAUUCUGUGGACAAAGACACCUGCUUCAGGGAAUAUGUCAUCCCCAAGGGCACCACAAUCUUUCCUGUCCUCAGCUCUGUCCUCCACGAUGAAAAAGAGUUUCCAAACCCAGAUGAGUUCUGCCCUGAACACUUCUUGAACAAGAAUGGCACCUUUAGGAAGAGUGAGUUCUUCAUCCCCUUCUCAGCAGGGAAGAGAAUUUGCCCUGGCGAGGGCCUGGCACGCAUGGAGAUAUUCCUGCUGAUAGCUGCCAUCUUGCAGAACUACACCUUGAAGGCUGUCAUCAACCCCCAGGAGCUCAGCAUAACCCCAACCCUGAGUGGCAUAGGGAAUAUCCCUCCUGCCUUCCAGCUCUGUGCUCUGCCUCGCUGAGGAGCACAACCCCACUCCCCACCAUGUCCCUGCCUGCCUUCUCCUCUCCAUCCUCCUUACUAAAACCAAAGGCACCGGGCCCCCUCUCCAAGGCCUCCAGGGAGGCAGCCCAGAGACAGCUACGUGCACAGAGGAGACACCUUCAAACCCUACCAGAGAUGCUCCAGCCCCUGGCAGGGAUGCCCUGGGUGACACAGCAUCCACAGACUCACCGAGCACAGUGACUGCACCCAAAAAGCACCUUUUCUCCCCAGGGUGGCUCCCGUGGCUGCCCAGGACCUGCUUCUCCUGCAGCACUUGUCCCACCAAGAGCAGAUGGGUAGUGCUGGACUUUAAUAACCCAAUCAAUAAAGGGAAAGCUAUUUAUGAGA